GGAGAAUGGUCUGCACCAUGGGCCAGAGCAACCACACCAGUGUGAAGGAAUUUGUCUUCCUGGAACUCACUCACUUCCGAGAGCUAGAAUUGUUCUUGUUUGUGGUCUUCCUUGCUGUGUAUGUAGCAACCGUGCUAGGCAAUGCCCUCAUUGUGGUGACCAUCACCUGUGAGUCCCACCUUCACGCUCCUAUGUACUUUUUGCUGCAGAACAAAUCAGUCCUGGACAUUGUUUUUUCAUCUGUCACUGUUCCCAAGUUCCUGGUGGACCUGUUAUCAGAGAAGAAAACCAUCUCCUACAAUGGCUGCAUGGCACAGAUCUUCUUCUUCCACUUCACUGGUGGGGCAGACAUUUUCUUCCUCUCUGUGAUGGCCUAUGACAGAUAUCUUGCAAUCGCCAAGCCCCUGCAUUAUGUGACCAUUAUGAGGAGAGAGGUGUGGGUGGGUUUGGUGGUGGCUUCCUGGGUGGGCGGUGGUUUGCACUCAAUUGUCCAGAUAAUUCUCAUGCUCCCGCUCCCCUUCUGUGGCCCCAACAUCCUGGAAGCCUUCUACUGUGACGUGCCCCAAGUGGUUAAGCUGGCCUGCACAGACACCUUUGCCCUGGAGCUUCUCAUGAUCUCUAACAACGGGCUGGUGACCCUGCUGUGGUUCCUCCUGCUCCUGGGGUCUUACACCGUCAUUCUGGCGAUGCUGAGAUCUCACUUUGCGGAGGGGCGGAAAAAGGCCCUGUCCACCUGCACCUCCCAUAUCCUCGUGGUGACUUUGCACUUCGUGCCUUGCAUCUAUAUCUACUGCAGACCCUUCACUACGCUGCCCAUGGACACUGUGUCCAUCAGUAACACGGUCAUUACCCCCAUGCUGAACCCCGUGAUCUACACCCUGAGGAACCAGGAGAUGAGGUCAGCCAUGAAAAGACUGCAGAGAAGGCUUGGGCCUUCUGAGAGCAGUAAGCUGGGGUGAGCACUCACAUGGAGACUGGAAAUCUAUGAUCUGGGUUCCUCGAACUGCUAUCCUGAGGCAACGGAUGGCUAGCUCU